CGCGUACUCGACUUCACGUAAUAACUCGGACCCAAUGUCGGCAGCAUCCCUUUCGCUCCAAGAGCGACUUGCACGGGAAUUACCAGGCGGGCAUCGAUUCGGGCUAUAUCACAUUUCCACGCCUCCAACGAAAUGUGCACCGAUCUUCAAUCCCGGCCCUGGCACGCUGCCGCAGCGGACAUACCAAGAAUCCCACUUCCUCUCCGUAACGAUCCCUACGAACUCGUCAGACGAUGGCACUGAGCUAUGCAUAUUUGCAUUGGAAGUCAUAGUCUAUACGACGAAACAGCUCACUACCGUAUUCGUGUCGAAGGCCGAUUCUACCGGCUAUGUUGCGGACCUGAAGCUCGCUCGAAACCACCCUUCCGUUCUACGAACAAUUGCGACGACAUUCGUGUCAUAUAUCAUAGAACGUCGACAAAGGAAAGACAAGAAGCUAGUACUGUCUCUGUUCGCUCGAGCCCAGUCACAAUAUCUCUUUCCGGGCAGCGUCGAAAACCCAGGGAAGCACGUCGCAGACGACCGACAGCUCAUCAAGUGGUGGUGCCGGGUUUUGGAUCCGAUUCUAGGGAAAUAUUCGAGAGAAGGGGUUGAUGUGAAUGGUACAAAUGGUGAUGGACAAGAGAGCGAACAUACAACGGCUCAAGCGUACUUGAUCGUGCCUGGUGAGGAUGGAAUCGCCCAAUUCUUACCCCCGGAUGUUCGCCUCGAUCCCGAGUUGAGAAAGCGAUGGACUGCCGGUCAUCCCCUAAGGGAUAUUGCGCCUUCUCCUACUGUUCCCCCUCGAUGCAUGAUCCCUUCAUUCCCCGACGACCCCAAGUCCCGUUUCGUCGACGAGCUAGAUGACGAACUGCGGGAUACUCCAGGCAUGCAACCCGGACAGAGCCCAACCAAGCGCGGAUCGGGUAUGUGGAGGAGCAUCAAGUCCCUCGAACAAUUCUGGGAAACGAUGGCGUUCCGGCAAGAAUGCUCCUCGGGACGAAUGGUCGGAUUCCUCUGGAUGGUAUUCACCCCAGGCGACUUGAACGACGAUCACGAGCUCCUCGAUAGCCAGGAGGCUGGUGGACGGGCUUUAUCGCCGACGCCCAUUGGUACGCGUGAGGGCCAGGAUCUGGUGCAAAGGAGGAGUAAGGAGAGUAGACGCGGAAAGAAACUCACCGGACCAAUCAUCCCCCGCGUUCCACGGAUCAAAUCCAAUUCAUUGAGUCUUUCAAACAUGUCUCAACCGGAGGAGUCGCCAUACUACUACUGGCCCAGUGACAGCCGCGGUCAGAUUGUCCUGGACGACAAAGAUUACAAGAGGGCGGUGGAAAUUCUCCUUCGUCUUGACUUUGCGAACCAUUCCCUCGCAGUCUCAAGUACAUGCCGCUGGCUCGAAGAGGUUGCCGUACUCGGCGGAAUGACUUCGUGGGGCCAAAAGUUGACGGGACAGAGGAAGGCACCAGAGGUUGCUCCAGCGGGAAAUUCAUCGGGAACCACUAAUCUCCUAUCGGCCGGCCUGGUGCGCAAAAAGCCGAAAGUACGAUGA